UUUGUAACAUUGAUUUUCAGAAAAUCACAAGUCACAGGAAAACAGGGUAAAAUUGUGUCGUCACCUGUCAUGAGCUUACGCCUCCGGUGCUUGUACGGAGAGUGCAUCUAUAUUCAUUCGCCUCUCGAAUCUCGAUCUGAUCCAAUCACCCAACGCACUCAUAAGAAAUUUCGUAAAUCUGAGGCUAGUUCAGUACUAUAUGCUGUUGUUUGAAUGGUAUAUUAUAUGUAGAGAGAUUUUGUAGAUGGGUUAGGGCAGUUGUAUUCAGCAAUUGCUAAGGGGAUACCAUUGAAACUCAAACAGACGAGAGAGCAUUGGGACAAUGCAUCAAGUCUUGCCUCCCGGGUUAAAAAGACUGAUGCACGGGAAAUUGAGAGCUUCUACCAGCAGUACUAUGAGAGAUAUAUUAGAGCUCUGGACAAGGGAGAGCAAGCAGACAGAGCCCAACUGGGCAAAGCUUACCAGGCUGCCGGUGUGCUUUUUGAAGUCCUCUGCGCCGUCAACAAGACUGAAAAAGUCGAAGAUGUUGCUCCGGAGAUUAUUGCCGCAGCAAAAGAUGUCCAGGCUAAGAAGGAGAUCUACACACCUUACAACAUCCUUCCUCUGGAUUCUGCUGGCGCGUCACAGUCAAUCAUGCAGCUCGAGGAGGUUAAGGCUGCUUGUGGUGCACUGUGGAACUCACGUGGCUUGAACUGGCCAGCCUCAUUUGAGCCACAAAGGCAGAAAGCUGGGGAUGUGGACCUUCUUGAUUGGUUAAGGGCCAUGUUUGGGUUUCAGAGGGACAAUGUCAGGAACCAGAGGGAGCAUUUGAUUCUGUUACUUGCCAAUGUUCAUAUACGGCUCACUCCAAGGCCUGAGCCUCUUAACCAGCUUGAUGAUCGAGCUGUUGAUGCAGUCAUGAAUAAGCUUUUUAAAAACUACAAGACAUGGUGCAAGUUCUUGGGAAGAAAGCACAGUUUACGACUCCCUCAAGGCCAACAAGAAGUGCAACAGCGAAAGAUACUUUACAUGGGCCUAUAUCUUCUUAUCUGGGGUGAAGCAGCUAAUUUACGCUUUAUGCCGGAGUGCCUAUGCUAUAUUUUUCAUAAUAUGGCAUAUGAACUCCAUGGUCUGUUAGCUGGUAAUGUCAGCAUUGUAACUGGAGAGAAUAUUAGGCCUUCUUAUGGUGGGGAUGAUGAGUCUUUUCUGCGGAAGGUUAUAACGCCCAUUUAUCGAGUAAUUGACAGGGAAGCCAAGAAGGGCAAAAAUGGAACAGCCCCUCACUCAACUUGGUGCAAUUAUGAUGAUUUAAAUGAGUAUUUCUGGUCAUCCGAUUGCUUCUCUUUGGGUUGGCCUAUGCGUGAUGAUGGUGAUUUCUUUAAAUCAACACGUGACAUGGCACAGGUGAUCUUAUGUUUUAAGAAGAUGUAUUGCUCUAUGUUAAUUAGUCUGUUGGUUCUCUGCUUGAUAUUAUUGCUAUGGCAGGGAAGACAAGCAAAUCAAAGAAAGCCUGCAAGCACUGGCAAAUCCUAUUUUGUUGAGACCCGCACAUUUUGGCAUACCUUUCGAAGUUUUGAUCGGUUGUGGACAUUCUAUGCACUGGCUCUACAGGCUAUGGUUAUCAUUGCAUGGAGUGAUGUUUCUCUAUCGGAAUUUUUUACGAAGGAUGUCUUAUACAGGGUUUCCAGUAUUUUCAUCACAGCUUCCGUUCUUCGCCUCCUUCAGAGUAUCUUGGACCUUGCUUUGAACUUCCCGGGUUAUCAUAGAUGGAAGUUCACUGAUGUCAUGAGAAACAUUCUCAAGAUAGUUGUGAGUCUCGUAUGGGUCAUCAUUCUUCCACUAUGUUAUAUGCACACCAACAAAAUUAAGCUUGACAUUUUUAAAGAUGUAAUGUCAUAUGCUAAUAAAGUGAAGGGAGUUCCUCCUUUAUACAUCUUGGCUGUGGCUCUAUAUUUGCUUCCAAAUUUACUGGCAGCAGCGUUAUUUGUCUUUCCAAUGCUGCGACGUUGGAUUGAGAACUCAGACUGGCAUAUCAUAAGGUUUCUUCUUUGGUGGUCACAGCCAAGAAUUUAUGUUGGAAGGGGAAUGCAUGAAAGUCAAUUUGCGCUCAUAAAGUACACUAUUUUUUGGGCACUACUUCUGUGUUCCAAGUUCGCAUUUAGCUACUUUGUAACGAUAAUACCUCUUGUCAAGCCAACAAAAGACAUAAUGGCUAUUCGUAAGAUUCAAUAUGCUUGGCAUGAAUUUUUCCCAAACGCUCCAAACAACUAUGGAGCAGUUGCCGCACUCUGGUUACCAGUAAUCUUGGUUUAUUUUAUGGACACUCAAAUAUGGUAUGGUAUUUUCUCGACUAUCUAUGGUGGUGCUAUUGGGGCCUUCGAUCGUCUAGGAGAGAUUCGAACUCUGGGCAUGUUAAGAUCUCGAUUCCAGUCUUUACCUGGUGCAUUCAACGCGUACUUGGUGCCCUCUGAAACUAAGAAAAGGGGAUUUUCCUUCUCAAAACGUUUUGCUGAGGUUACAUCAAGCAGGAGAAGUGAAGCUGCAAAAUUUUCUCAGUUAUGGAAUGAUGUCAUAUGUAGUUUCCGGGAAGAAGAUAUCAUAAGUGACAAGGAGAUGGAUUUGUUGCUAGUUCCUUAUUCAUCAGAUCCCAGUCUGAAACUAAUUCAAUGGCCGCCCUUUUUGCUUGCUAGCAAGAUACCGGUUGCAUUGGAUAUGGCGGCUCAAUUUCGGUCCAAAGAUGCUGACCUAUGGAAGCGUAUAUGUGCGGAUGAAUAUAUGAAAUGUGCUGUGAUUGAAUGCUAUGAAUGUUUCAAACGUGUCCUGGAUGCCUUGGUGGUUGGAGAAACUGAAAAAAGGAUAAUUGGCAUCAUUAUAAAUGAAGUUGAAAAUAACAUUUCGAAGAAUACACUGCUUGCAAAUUUCAGAAUGAGUUCCUUACCUAGUCUUUGCAAGAAAUUCGUGGAGCUUGUGGAAAGACUGAAAGAUGCUGAUCCAUCCAAGCAAGAUGUUGUGGUGUUGUUGCUACAAGACAUGUUAGAAGUAGUAACUCGUGACAUGAUGGUGAAUGAGAUCCGUGAAGUCGUAGAACUUGGUCAUGGUAGUAAGGAUUCUGGAAAGCAACUAUUCGCAAGUACCAACUCGAAACCUGCUAUUUUGUUCCCGCCUAUAGAUACAGCACAAUGGGAAGAGCAGAUAAGACGCCUCUAUCUCCUUUUGACGGUUAAAGAAUCUGCCAGUGAUGUGCCAACGAACCUUGAAGCACGCCGAAGGAUUGCAUUCUUUACAAAUUCAUUGUUCAUGGAUAUGCCACGUGCUCCUCGAGUUCGUAAAAUGCUCUCAUUCAGUGUCAUGACCCCAUACUACAGUGAGGAGACUGUCUAUUCUAAAAGUGAGCUUGAGAUGGAGAACGAAGAUGGUGUAUCAAUCAUAUAUUACCUGCAAAAGAUCUUCCCAGAUGAAUGGAAUAACUUCAUGGAGCGAAUCAACUGUAAGAAAGAGGUUGAGGUUUGGGAAAAUGAAGAGAACAUCUUGCAACUACGUCAUUGGGUCUCCUUAAGAGGACAGACACUCUGUAGAACAGUUAGAGGGAUGAUGUAUUAUCGAAGGGCUUUGAAACUUCAGGCUUUUCUUGACAUGGCAACUGAAAGUGAGAUACAAGAAGGCUACAAAGCUAUUACAGUUCCAUCUGAGGAAGACAAGAAAAGUCAGAGGUCGUUAUUUGCUCAAUUGGAGGCUGUAGCCGACAUGAAAUUCACAUAUGUUGCUACCUGUCAGAACUAUGGGAACCAGAAGCAGAAUUCAGAUCGACGUGCGACAGACAUUUUGAAUUUGAUGGUUAACAAUCCAUCUCUGCGUGUAGCAUAUAUUGAUGAAGUUGAAGAAAGAGAAAAUGGAAAGGUACAAAAGGUGUAUUAUUCUGUAUUGGUCAAAGCUGUUGAAAAUCUUGAUCAGGAAAUCUACCGCAUAAAAUUGCCGGGUACAGCAAAGAUAGGAGAAGGAAAGCCUGAAAAUCAGAACCACGCUAUAGUUUUUACUCGAGGAGAAGCCCUUCAGACAAUUGACAUGAACCAGGACAAUUACUUGGAAGAAGCUUUUAAAAUGCGCAACCUACUUGAAGAAUUUAAUGAGGAUCAUGGGGUGCGUCCGCCUAGUAUUCUUGGCGUUCGUGAACAUAUCUUCACAGGAAGUGUUUCUUCUCUGGCUUGGUUUAUGUCAAAUCAAGAAACGAGCUUUGUCACAAUAGGUCAAAGAGUUCUUGCAAGACCAUUGAAGGUCCGAUUCCACUAUGGGCAUCCAGAUGUAUUCGAUAGAAUUUUCCACAUUACCCGAGGUGGCAUCAGCAAAGCUUCUCGUGGCAUCAACCUAAGCGAGGACAUCUUUGCUGGUUUUAAUUCGACACUAAGGCGUGGAAAUAUAACUCAUCAUGAGUAUAUUCAAGUUGGGAAGGGACGAGAUGUUGGCCUCAAUCAAAUCUCUCUUUUUGAAGCAAAAGUGGCAUGUGGAAAUGGGGAGCAAACGCUCAGUCGGGAUAUCUACCGAUUAGGCCAUCGCUUUGACUUCUUCCGCAUGCUCUCAUUUUAUUUUACGACUACUGGCUUUUAUGUCAGCGCAAUGAUUACUGUCCUUACAGUAUACGCUUUCUUGUACGGCAGACUCUACCUUUCAUUGAGUGGAUUGGAGAAGGCAAUAGUUCAAAGGGCCAAGUCUAGAGGAAAUGAUGCUUUGAUGGCAACUAUGGCUACACAGUCCAUUGUUCAAAUAGGAUUCCUGAUGGCGUUGCCCAUGGUUAUGGAAAUUGGGCUUGAGAGAGGGUUCAGAACUGCAUUAAGUGACAUAAUAAUCAUGCAGCUUCAGCUAGCAGCUGUCUUCUUCACUUUCUCUCUUGGGACAAAGGUCCAUUAUUUUGGGCGCACAAUCUUGCAUGGUGGAGCCAAGUACAGAGCUACUGGUCGUGGAUUUGUUGUACGUCAUGAAAAGUUUGGAGAGAACUACAGGAUGUACUCAAGGAGCCAUUUUGUUAAAGCAGUGGAGAUGCUUGUAUUGCUUAUAGUUUAUCAUGUUUAUAGUUCAGCAGCUACUAAUUCUCUUUCUUACUUGCUCAUCACUUUCUCAAUUUGGUUCCUAGUUAUUUCUUGGUUGUUUGGUCCUUUCAUUUUUAACCCAUCGGGAUUCGAGUGGCAAAAGAUAGUGGAAGACUGGGAGGAUUGGACAAAGUGGAUUAGCAGCCGAGGUGGUAUUGGUGUGCCUGCAAACAAGAGCUGGGAGUCCUGGUGGGAGGAGGAGCAGGAGCACCUGCAGCAUUCUGGGUUUAUCGGGAAAGUCUGUGAAGUUGGUCUUUCCCUGCGCUUCUUGUUUUACCAAUAUGGAAUUGUGUAUCAAUUACAUGUGGCAAAUGGUGAAAAAAGCAUUGUGGUCUAUGGUCUGUCUUGGCUGGUCAUUGUUGGUGCGAUGAUUGUCCUGAAGAUUGUGUCCAUGGGUAGAAAGAAGUUCAGUGCAGAUUUUCAGCUGAUGUUCAGACUUCUCAAGCUAUUCCUGUUUAUUGGGUUCAUUGUCACUGUUGUGCUUCUGUUUGCAUUUGUUCAUCUUACUGUUGGAGACAUUCUUGCCAGCCUACUGGCCUUCUUGCCAACUGGAUGGGCCAUUCUACAGAUAGCACAAGCAUGCAAGCCAGUGGUGAAAGGCCUGGGAAUGUGGGGGUCUGUCAAAGCCCUAGGAAGAGGGUACGAGUACAUAAUGGGGAUGCUCAUUUUUGUACCUGUGGGUUUCCUUGCCUGGUUCCCGUUCGUGUCAGAGUUCCAAACCAGGCUGCUUUUCAAUCAAGCUUUCAGCAGAGGGCUUCAGAUUCAACGUAUUCUGGCUGGAGGGAAGAAGAAUAAUUGAAUAAUAAUAAUGCUAGUUAACGUAAAGAGGAGAGAAGAAGAGUGGUGGGUGGUUUUAAGGAGAAUUUUGAAGUCAAAACAGAGAGAGAUCAUCAUAAUAUAUAUCAUGAUGAUGGGUUUCGAAGAAAUUUUGUAGGCAAAACAGAGAGAUCAUAGCAGCAUGCGGAUGUAGAAAGAAAGAAUGUGUACGGUUUUUAGUUGAUCUCUAGUUUCUGCUUUGGACCUCCCUCCCUCCCUCCCUCCCUUUCAUGUAAGGAAUGUAUGUGUUGUUCUCUCUGUUCUUCAAAUAUCAUCAACCAAUGAAUGCUUCAACCUGUAUAUUCAUUCACUCACUCGCAUACCACCCAUAUGUAUGUAAAACUCACUACAAGCAACAAAAAGUAGUAUUGGAAUACAUGUAUCUCCUUUGUACAUGUCUCAAAAGAAGUGUGCAGCAAUUCUCAUUA